UACACACUGCAGACUUUGAUCUGAAACUACAGGAGACAAAUUAAAAUAAUAUGCUACCUUUGCCGGUGCGCUGGGUGGGGAGAGAGUGAGAGUCACAAGUUCGCUUCGGUUGUAUACAAUGCGGACACGGAAGGGCACAGGGCUGUUUGUGAUGGCCGGGUCUCAGUGGAUGUUCUGUGCUGCAGUGCUGCUCCUCCUCAACCAGGGGCUCCAGUGUUCUCCCGUUCCCCCUGCUUGUCCGGAGUCCUGCCUUUGUCAGAAAGGUCUGCUAAACUGUUCCUUCGCUGGCCUUUCCCAGGCCCAACAACAUGUUCCAUCCACUGUCACUGAACUAGAUCUUUCUCACAACCUCCUGAAGUCCGUUACCCCCUCAUGGCCAAGUUGGGGGCUUAAGAGUCUAUGGCUUGGACACAACAGCAUCACUCACCUGUCUCUGUGUGUGCGGAGGACCUGGAGGGGUAAACAUUGGAAAAUCCCCUUCUCACAUAGCCGAGGGAGAUGUGUGUCCUGGGCCCCAACUCUGCAGCUGCUCUCUGCUGAGCGGAACCAGCUAGAGAUGAUUCCUGAAGGCCUGGGAGGCAGUGAGUUCCUACAGGUGCUGCAGCUCUCCCACAACAGGAUCUCUGACCUACGACCUGGAGACCUGAGCAGGUGCACCCUUCUGAGAGAGAUCCACCUGCAGCACAACCGUAUCUCCAGCCUCCACCCACAGGCCCUGAGGGACAUGCCAGAGCUCAGGGUCCUGGAUCUGAGCUUCAACCUGUUGACCACGAUCACUCCAUCAGCCUACCUGUCGCUGCGUAAACUGAAUGUCCUGGUGGAGGUGAGUGGGAACAGGUGGAGGUGUGACUGCAGCCUGCGGAGCUUGAGGAGGAAGAUGGCCUACGACAGGGARAGGGCCCUGCAGCAGACCUGGAGGGGGGUGGUGUGUUCAUCCCCCUCCACCCACGCAGGUAGAGACCUGCUACACCUGGAGGACAGUGACCUCACCUGCUCUACUGCUGAAAACAGGGCGGGGCUCCACCAGGAUGUGACAGUGGAUAAAGGGACAGAGAUCCUGCUGCCCUGUGGCUCUCCAAAGCAAGAUUCAACAUGGUGGACGCCCAAUGGACAAGUUCCUGGGAGCCAGGCAGGCCUGCUGAUCAGUGACAUCACAGAGCGAGACGCAGGACUGUACGUGUGCGUCUCUGGGACAGACGAGGAGUCUGUGUCUGUAUUCAACCUGCGCGUUCACAAGACACAGAGGAAAACCAGAGACACGAGGAGUUUACACAGGGAGCGGCUACAGAUUAACCCAGAGUUCGGCAGCAUCCAGGGGGAAGGUCAGGAGACAGAUCUGAACUCUCUAGAUCUCCACAGGGCUACCCAGAGAACACAGUCUGACUUGGUCCUGCCUGUCUGCCUGUCUGUGUUCAUCACCUUCCUGGUAGCAUUUGUAAUUGGUGCUCUGACCAGACCUCUCCUGGACACUCUCUGGAGGAGGUGCUGUAGCUGCUGUAACCAUACCACGCAAAGCGCCUCCCCACCACAAUCGGUCUCCUCUGCUGGGCAGGCCCCCUACGACAACAAGGCCUAUUCAGAUGAGGAUGAGCGAGAGGAUCUAGGGACACACAGGGAGAGGAGAGUGACAUUUAGUGGACAUCCUUCAGAACUAAGGGAUCAGAAUAGCAUUCCAUACUAUGAUACUGUGGUCAAUGGCAUGCAGGACAACCUCGCUGGGGAAUAUGAUGCAACAUAUGAGAAUGUUCAGGAGAGGGGUGCCUCACACCCCUCCCUUGAGGUCUAUCACCCACCUGAGGAGGAGAAGCCUAGUGCACGGGGCUCUGUCAGCUCAGGAAGCUUCCGACAUGACAACCCAGAGACAGACACUCACAGUGGAGACCUCUCUGAUAUCUCUCUGAGUGAACCACAAAGGGGCGCUUACCCAGUCCAUACCCACGGCAUGGAGUUUGAAUCCAUCCCUGACCCAGAUGAGUUGCAGCGGUGUCGAAGCUCGUCUGUGUCUUCACACUCUGACCAGGAGAGUCCAGAUAGGGAUCAGGAUAUGGACUGGCCCAAAGACAAUUUGGCUCAGAGAUUGGAGGAGCGCAAGACCCGGAAUAAUUCCUGGGAGCCUCAAUCCCCCCAGAAGGAAGACAACUCCUUUGAGCGGAGUUCAGAUUUCCCUACAGUUAAACCAGUUGAUGUUCUACAGAUCAACAUUGGCAGAGUGGGUGAGAUCCCUGGAUUUGCUUAUAGGAAAUCAAACAUGGCAGAUCCCAACCCCAUGGAUCCUGAGCUGUGGAAUGACAGCGGAGAGAGCUUUGAGUUCCCUGAUUCCAUCCAAGGUGCAUCGGCACGGUCCAGUAGUCAAGAUCUUUCAGGUUCUGCUUUUGCCGAUCAGUUGAGAAAAGAGUAUGAACAAACGCUGAAUAAAGAAACACUUGUGAAAGACUGGAGGGAGAAUGAUAAGUCCAGCUCCAGCAACUCAAGUGACAGUGGGAAUGAACCUACAGAGUACACUGUGAACCCAGAGACGGAGGUAGUGAAGGAGAAGGAGAUUGUCCAGGAUGCACUGCUUACACAUGAUAGCACAACAGACCCUGCUGCUGCGAACCCCUAUCUCAAAUAUGAUGUCAGUUUGGACAAGCAGCACUAUAAGGACCCAGUCAGUCCCUCCCCAGAUGAGGAUGGAUUUCAUGUGAGUGAAUUGAGACAGGAAGUUCAACGCUCCCAUUUGUUUUCAGAGCACUCUGAUUUGUCCAGUGAUAGUAGUGAUGAACCCACAAAGUACACAGUGAACAAGGAUAGCGAUGAGGAAGAGGAGGAUGAAGCUCAAGUCCCAGCUGUCACACACAAAGGUCCAUUUCUCAGUCUUGGAGACAUUAAUGUAUCUUUGGCCUCAAGGAAAGCUCUCAAUAUUGGCUUCUCCAAGGAUGGUUUUCAAUAUCAACAAGAGCCUGAGAAAAGGUCGACUGGCUUGGAUCUAACCACCCAGAGUGCCAUCAGCACAAAGGAGCCCCUUCCCCAACCUUCAUUGCCCUCAGACGUGGCAGGGGUUGAAGACCCACCAGUUUCAGUCUACAUCCCCAGACUCAGUAAGCGUUUAGAUAUUCAGCCUCAGGAAGCUUCACCUGCUCCCGCAAAAACACCACCACCCUCUGAAUCCUCUUCCAGCAGUGAGAGUGAAGAUGAGACUACAGAUAACUCAGUGAAACUUGACAGAGAGGUCCCAGAUGUCUCACAGAAUAAUUCAUCUCUCAGUCUUGGAGACAUUAAUGUCUCUUUGGCUCCAAGGAAAGCUCUCAAUAUCGACUUCUCCAAGCAAGGUUUUCAAUAUCAACCAGAGCCUGAAAAAAGGUUGACUGGCUUGGGUCUUUCUUUCCAAAGUGCCAUCACCCCAAAAGAGCCUUCAUUGCCCUCAGACGGGACAAGGGCUGGAGAGUCUCCAGCUCCAUUCUAUAUCACCAGCCUCCGGAGACGUCUGGAUAUUCAGCCUUCUCAGGACACUCCACCUGCUCCACCACGAACACCACCACCCUCUGGUUCAUCCUCUUCUAGAAGUGAAAGUGAGGAUGAGACUACUAUGAAUCAAAAAAGAGAAGAGAAAGCUAAGGUCCCAGAUUCAUCUUUCAAUCCCGCAGACAUUGAUGUCUCUUUUGCUCCAAGGAAAGCUCUCAAUAUCAGCUUCUCCAAGGAGGGUUUUCAAUAUCAACAAGAGCCUGAGACAAGGUCGCCUGGCUUGGAUCUCUCCUCUCAGAGUAUAUCACCCCAAAGAGCACUUCCCCCAAAAUCGAUUCCAGGAAGGGACAAGGACUAG